GCCGCGCACCUUCCAAAGAGAAAAAUCCCCUUUCUCCCAUUCGCACGGCUUCUUCUUCUUCCUCCUCCUCGCCCACCCCACCUCGCAGAUCUCGCCAUCUCCUCCUCCUCCUCCUCCCCCGCCGCCGCGGCCCUCGCCGUCGUCUCCGCGAAGUCGCUCUCGCCGCCUCCCGCACGCGCGCUGGUUGCGCGCUCCGUCCCGGCAACUGCGCUCUCUCUCGCGGCGUCUCUGGAGAGGGGGAGAGAGAAGGGGCUUUGUGUAGUCUCUGGAGGCUUCCUCCUCCGUCGACGGCUCCUCCAGUCCUCCUCCUCCUCCCCUGUCGAGGUGGAGAUCCGGGGCGGUCUUCCUCGGGUUCACGCAUCGGCGGAGGCGCCUGCGUGCGCAGAGGCUCGGGGGCGGCGCGGGCGAGAUGAAGGGGUCGGCCAUCCCGGCGGUCGCGAUCAUGCCCUCGCCGCUCUUCCUGUGGCGGUUUAAGGUUAUAUUGUUUCUCUUAUGGGGUUUAUGUUGUUGCAAGAUAGGUUGGGACUCUGUUAUGAGAAUGAGUGCUGAUCUGCGAGACUUAUUUCUCUAUGAGGCUUUCUUGUACUACAAUCCCCUUCUUCUUGUGGCUCUGAUGAUUUGGUUAUGGGGAGUAAACUUGUGGGUCUUUGCACAGUCAUCAGUGAAUUACGCAAGAGUGUUUGAUCUUGCACAAACACAUUUAUCACACCGAGAAAUAUUUAGGUGUGCUACUUGGCUUACUUUGAUUGUUCCCACAAGUAUGACAGCUUACCUAUAUUUGUACUCACAUGGAGAAGUGUCUCUCGCUGCAUCUCAACCAGUUCUUUUAUAUGCUAUCCUUCUGAUGGUCCUCCUUUCUCCUUUUGAUAUGUUUUACCUGUCGUCACGUUUUUACUUUCUGAGGACAGUGUGGCGUAUAAUGCUUCCAUUGCAAGCAAUUACAUUCCCCGACUUCUUUUUGGCUGAUAUUUUUACAUCCAUGUCAAAGGUCUUCUCAGACUUGGAACGUUCAGUUUGUCGCAUGGUCAAUCGGCAGGUUGCGACAAUCGCUUGGUUUGAAGCAGAUUCAAUUUGUGGCAGCCAUUCUGUUGCUAUUCCUCUAGCCCUCGUGUUCCCUUAUUUGUGCCGAUUAUUCCAAUGCCUUCGGCAAUACAAGGAUACAAAAGAGAAGACUUGUCUUUUUAAUGCACUCAAGUACUCAACAGCAGUUCCAGUGAUUUUCCUUUCAGCUCUCAAGUAUCAUGUAUUCCCUGACAAAUGGGUUAGCUUUUACCGACCCCUCUGGCUUAUUUCUAGUGUUAUAAAUUCGCUGUAUUCCUUUUACUGGGAUAUAAAGCGAGAUUGGGAUUUAAGCAUUUUAACUAGGAUUUUCAUGUUCAAAAACCCGAGUACAUGGACUAACCUUCUUUAUGGGCAGAUCUGGGUAUAUUACUGGGUGUUAGCCAGCAAUCUUGUGCUCCGCUGCACGUGGACGUACAAGCUCUCAGCACAUCUUCGGCACAACUACCUGACAGUGUUUACAAUAGCAGCACUGGAAAUUUUGAGGCGGUUUCAGUGGGUGUUUUUCCGUGUCGAGAACGAGUGGAACAAGAUGGCAGCCAAGCAGAAUCUGGAAAUGUCAUCUGACAUUCCUUCUGAAGGAGACAGGCUUUUGGAUUCAAAUAGCCAUACAGUAUGAACUAUGAACGUCAGCUCUGAUAUUUUGCGAUUCUGAUUCAUCAUUCUUUUAGUGACCAUUAUAGCAUGAUUCACGUCCAAAAUUCUGUUUUGUUUGUAGAGGCCAAAAAGGUCAGGGUUGCAUGAUAGGUUUCUACAAAAAACGAAAUUCUUGGCUCUACAUAUGUAUUAUGUAAUCCUUUUGGCUAUAUAUAUACCAUUUGUAAUCCCCUUGAAUCCAAAAGAGUUGUUUGUUGACAGUUGACAUAUCAAAGAGGAAUGAAUAUCAAUACCAAAGAUUUCAUAUGUUCU